GCCUUUAGCCGCAGCUGCGCAGAUGCCGUCUUGAGACCGAAAAAGGAGACGCUGGGCCCCUUUAGAAAGAUGGCGGAGUAUCUACAGGUGAUGAAGAGGGCGGUGCAGCAGCUCGGAGGUCAUGGUGGUAUUCGCGGGGCCUUACUGCAGUUGGUCAGGGUCAACGAUCUGAAGACUGGUACACUAGUAGGUGUUGAUAAAUAUGGAAACAAAUACUAUGAAGAUAAAAGAUACUUUUUUGGUCGCCAUAGGUGGGUUAUAUAUACUGAGGAAAUGAAUGGCAAGAACACAUUCUGGGAAGUGGAUGGAAGCAUGGUGCCCCCUGAAUGGCAUCGUUGGCUUCACUGUAUGACGGAAGAGCCCCCAACUACCCACCCUCCAGUGACUCGUAAAUUCAUUUGGGAGAAUCAUAAAUUCAAUCUAAGUGGUACUCCUGGACAAUAUGUACCAUACUCUACCACCCGUAAGAAGAUACAAGAAUGGGUCCCACCUUCUACACCUAGCAAAUGAAAAGAAAGACAUAUUUGCAGAGAAUUAGACCUACAAUGUGCACUGUAUCUUAACCGUGUUCUGUAUUUAAAAUAAAAGUAUUUGAUCAGAAA